AUGAAGGUGGAUGAAAUCAUUCCGCUUCUAGGCAACUUUGGCUUCUACCAGUUCGUCCUGAUAUGCUUCCUUUGUCUUACCGAUAUCAUUUCAUGCUUCACAUCGCUGGGUAAUGUGUUCUACGCCGCGGAGACCGAUCACUGGUGCAAGGUUUUGCCCAGCGAGAAUUGCUCCAACUGGGCGGAGUUUCAAGACAACUGCACUGACGUGAAGAAGUCCAUCUUCCUGCCUCCUCCUGAAAGUGGUUCCAACAGCAACUAUCCUUACUCCAACUGUAAGCAGUGGCAGCUACCAGAUGGGUACGUGUUUGAUCCGUACGUACCGCUCAGUGACUACGACGGUUUCACUUACGUGGAGGUGCCCUGUCAAGAUGGAUGGGAGUUCGACACGUCACAGUACAUGACCACCACUAUUACUGAGUUCGGUCUGGUGUGUGAUCAAGGCAGUCUGCCUAGUCUGGCGCAGACAAUUUACUUUUCCGGGUGGUUAGUGGGAUCCUUAGUUGGUGGCUCCUUUUCUGACUGGAUUGGUCGUAAGAAGGUCGUUAUCAUUGGACAGUGUUUAUGGGUGGCCGGCGUGCUCGCUACCACAUUUUCAGUCAACAUCUACAUGUACAUGGCCGUCCGAUUUAUUACUGGUUUCGGUAGCGUAACAGGCUAUGUCGGCCUCUACAUUUUGGCUCUUGAAGUCAUAGGCAAGUCCUGGCGUACAGCCGUGACAAUGUUCUCGGGCAUGAUGUACUCAUUGGGGUACUUCUUUAUAGCCACUGCAGCCAUGUUCGUCAGACAGUGGCGCCCUUUGUCGUUGUAUCUCAGUGUGACGUCAGUGGUUAUGCUCAUCCCGCUGUUUUUCCUACAAGAAUCGAUUAGAUGGUUGGUUUCUAAGGGCAGGGUUGAUGAAGCUGAAUCAGUCAUCAGGAGAAUUGCAAAGUACAACAAGAAGACUUUGCCUGAUGUCUUAUUCGAGAAAGAGGAUAUCGUGGAAGAAAUGGAAGCGAAGGAGUCGGCAAUCCCUCCAUCUGCAAUUAAUCUCUAUAAAACGCCUAACAUGGCGGUUAAGACACUCAACAUGCAGUAUAACUGGUUUGUCAACAGUCUGGUCUACUUCGGCCUUUCGCAGAGCACUAACGAUCUAGGAGUCGACGACUACUGGGCCUUCUUCGUGUCGGGAGCCGUGGAAAUCCCGGCCCUGCUGUACGCCGCUUUUGGAGUGGAGUGGUUCGGCCGGAAACUGAACACCGGCAUAUUGGAGUUGAUUGGCGGCGCAGCGUGUUUAGCCACUAUCUUCAUCCCCGCUGGUGUCUGGCGGACCGUGGUCGCCAUGAUAGGCAAGUUGUGCAUCUCUACCUCAUAUAGCAUCAUAUAUCUCUACUCUACCGAGCUGUUCCCAACACCAAUCAGAGGUGUAGGAGUAGGACUUUGUUCCUUUGCGGCUCGAGUCGGCUCGAUGCUCUCACCCAUCAUCCUGCUACUUGGAGACACCACCAUUGAGGCACUCCCCUUGAUUCUAUUCGGUGCAAGUGCGCUUGUGGCCGGCGUUCUGGUAUUCUUCCUGCCGGAAACACGCGGCCAGAAGUUACCUCAGACGUUGAAGGAAGGGGAAGAAAUUGGAAAAUGUCGAUGCAUGGGUGGCGAGAACGUCUAUGACGAGUCUGACGUGGAACUUGACGACAUGGACGCAGCCACAGAGGGCGUCUUUGCGAUUUCCAACGCCGCCUUCGAUAAAAAGGACGAGAAGAAGGAAUAUCGCGACUUCUCGCAGCAAUUCACCAAAGACCUUCGAGACAGCUCGCAUAUGUAGAACAGGAGAUGUACACGAUACACAUUUUUAUGUUAUUUUCAUCUGCAAAUGCGCUAUCCUUGACACAAUAAACCCAGCAUAUGCAUCAUUUUGAUGGACACUUUCAACAAGACAAAACUUAAUUGUCCACAGUUUUCGAAGGAGUGCCGAAAGUCAGCACUUGUUGUGUCACGAAAAUUUGGACUUUACAUUGUAGCCAAAAACGAGGCUUCGCGGGCGAGUUGCCCACUUUGCACACGAUAUGUAAUCAACUCUUGAACACAGACAAUUCAUACAUACACAACCAUUUGUAUAUCCUCCUAUUUGAAAUGAGCAACUGGUUAGUAAUACACAUUCAUUUUGUACUGUGUAUA